UGUGGUUGACGAACUAAGUCGAACACGGAAGUGCACAGCAGUGUAUCCUCUCUACGCUCCAGUGUCUCCGGGGCAGCACAGACAUGCGCACCGGUGCUAACAGCCUGCGGUCGUGUUCGGACAAACAGCGCCUCUGCGUGGACGGGAAACAGUCAGACCUGUCACUAUGUUACAAGAUCUACGUGCAUGUCUUCAGUCUGUCCCAGCUGGAGACAGACAGCGGGUAGGAGACCUUGUGUAACGCGACGUACUGAGGUCACAGUCCCCCCGGACCUCGCUCUGAGGUUAGCUGUCGAUAGCGUGAUGCUGCGGCGCUAGCACAGAGCAGCUAUCGUUCGUCAACACGCUAGCGUCCAGCAGCAGCAUGGAGAGGCUGCGCUGAGAAAGACAUCGUUUCCCAGUCCAUGCGUUUUUUCCUCCCCCGAGCCGCUGCGGUGGGUUUUACUCUGUCAACUGUGGCCAAAGCAAUGAGCUCUGUAGCGGCGACAUCCUCCGAGCCUCCGGGCCUGCGAGCAGCGGCCAGCCGAGAUGCGUGCCCCGGGAGCCCGCUGCAGAGGCUGCCUGCGGUGCCCGGAGCCCCCCCGAGCCGGGUGAACGACCUGCUGCUGCUGCGGCCUGACGCGCGGAGCCAGGGGGAUUCCGAGCCCGAGGAGAAGAGCAGCAGACAUGUUGUGUUUUUCCACGGAGACAUACAGAACUUCCAGGAGGAGAUGGCUGUGCAGCCUGAGGGAGCUCAGUGGCUCUCCUGGAGUCUGGAGCAGGUGGCCUUCACUCUGGGCCAACGUUUCCCAGACCAACAUGUUUGGGUGGUCAGAGCCUCACGCAUGUAUCUCCACAAGUUCAGCUGCUACCGCAACUUUGUGGAGAGCAACAUGUUCGGGGCACCGGAGUACUCCCCUGACUAUGGAGCGUUUCGCCAUCUCAGGGCUCUGCUGAGCCACGGCAUGGAGAGAGCCAACCUACCAAACCCCCUCCAGCCACAAGGAGGUGCUGAUAGCAUCCCCUCGGGGUUUUCACUGAUGCUGGUAGGCUUCAGCAAAGGCUGCGUUGUGCUGAACCAGAUGUUGUACGAGCUGGGCGGGGCCCGCACUGACCCGCAGAUGUCCCCUUUCAUUAAAUGCCUCUCUGCCAUGUACUGGCUGGACGGUGGCCACCCGGGGGGCAGUGAAACCUGGGUGACAGACAAGCGGGUGCUGAAGGAGCUCGCUGCCAGCGGGGUGUCAAUUCACGCCCACGUGAGCCCCUAUGAGGUGUGUGACCCAAUGCGGGCCUGGGUGGGCCGCGAGCAUAGACAGUUCAUCAAAACCCUGGAGGAGUUCGGGGCCUGUCCGAGUAAGAAGCUGCACUUUGAGGAUGAGCAGCCCUCCAUCGAGAACCACUUCAGGAUCAUCCAGGAGUUUUGAGUAGCUAUGAGCACUUGGAUGAGACACACACACACACACACACACACACACACACACACACACACACACACACACUUAUAGUUGUGAGGACACUCACUGAUGUAAUGCAUUCCCUAGCCCCUUACCCUUACUUAAACCUAAUUCUAACCCCAAAACCAAGCCUUAACCCUCCAACAGCCCAUUGAAAUUGGCAUACACACACACACACACACACACACGCACACGCACACGCACACACACACACACACACACACACACACAGAAACCUAAAGCUGAAUGUUCAAACAUUACUGAGCACUUUAGAUAGUUAGAAUACAGCCUUUGUCUUGUUGGCUGGUUUUACCUCAGUCCUCAGAGAUUUCAGGGCUCAGACUUAGGAGCACAUGACAGAUGCUGGUGUGUUAUGUUUCUUUUCUGCUGCUAAAUGCCCUUAAUCUGAGGUGGAAUGAUCAGGUAGCCUUCCUCCUUCUCCCUGAGAAGACCUUGGAUAAAUUGAACAUUCAGUGUCUUCCUUCAGGGGCUGCCCCUAAGCUUCAAACAGGCAUAAUGCUGGUUUAAUAUUAUUUCAUGGGAUUCAGGGGUUUUUGUGGUAAUCCAUAUAUACAAGUAAGUAAAAAAAAAAAAAAGUAAUGCAACCUUAGAAAGCUGAUGUGGACGUCCAUUACACUAAACAUAAGCCUUUACGUUUGAUUCUGCUGCAGAGCUGUGGAAUUAUAUACAUGAAUGAUACUUGAUGUUUCUGUUUUAUUCUCCUCAUGUUUAUUGAAUGUGUGUAAGAGUUUGUGUAAGAGCUCAUUACGUUCUCUACAUACCUGCACUUGUGUUGAGCUUCUUUAGACACGAGAAUGUCUGGAGGUCUAAGCUUUGCUGCCGUGUUCGCCCUCAGACCUCAUUAGUUUGUUCUAAAGUGAUUCUAGAUUGUCUUAACCUGUGGCUGAUGAUUUAAGCCAAGUACACAGUCAGAACGUUCAAAAUGGUUGUGUUAUUCCCUCAGUGUGAAGAAUGCCAGAGCUUUUCUGUUUGAAUGUUUCUUAAUAUUGACAAAUGUGAAUUUGCUCCAUUUAGUUUUGAUUAGAUUGUUUUCCUUAUAACACAUACAACAUACCAAAUUACCUUAAUAAAGGUUAGAAUAAGACAAACCGAUGUUUACAAUGUAAUCAUUUGUCAAAAUGUGUUCACAGGAUAAUGUUUGUGUAGUUUGGUUAUGUAGUAAUAUGACCAUGGUCAUAGUCAUUGUUUAUAUAGAAGUGUACACUGCUGUAUGUAAAAUGACACAUACUUGCUAGUUGUCGGAGAUGUGAUGAAACUGCUGCUUAUGUCAGUGUGGCAGCAUGUGUAUUAACUUGUAUGUCGUGUUCCAUUCUGUAUGAAUCUGUGAGCUAACGUAGCAUCUAUGCACUGUGCUGACGUCUGCGGCUCAUUUCGCUGCCUGUAACUUCAGAGCAUUCCAUUGGGUUUACUCUCUGUGUGUUAGCGUUGGGCUGUUUACCUACUGCACAGCCAACUGAACACACUGUGCUUCUAACCAUCUGCUUGCCGAGUGGUGCCCCUUCGACACCACGCCACUCUGUCCCGUCCCGUUAACGGUUAACCAGUGACAGAGAGCAUGGAUCACGCCUCCUGAAUCAGCAGGUGGCAGCAGUGUGGAGAAAUAAAGAACUGAAAAAGAAA